AUGGUCUGUAAAUUCAUUCGGCCGCUAACGCGACCAACUAAAAAUGAACAGAAGAUAGCUGCCCAAAACAAGGGUAUUUCUGGAGGGUCGAAUGAGUCAACAAAGAGUGUAGUGAGGGAAAUAGGCAGUGUUAAUUGCAAAGUGAGUGACGCUAUCCAUGGUGCUCAUUCCGUGUUAUUCAGUGACCCUGUCAUGGAUAACUCGGUGUUCGCACCAAGUGCAGGAGAGGCCGGAAAUGGAACAGAGAGACGCAUCAUAUCACAGUCCUUUGCUAAGUACCUUCUAGAAACAAGGCACCCGGAGACAAAGGACAAGCUGUCGAGGCAGGUAUCUUAUUUACGGAGCAUAUCGGCGUCGGACGAGCCCGCCUCCGAGACUUCUGACGACCAGCAGAGCAUGACGUCGUCUGAUUCCUCGAAAUCAGUGGAGGAUAAUCUCACCCUUGAGACUGGGCCGCUUAGCAACGUCAGGUUCUCGGUGUUCGGCUUGGGUUCGAGUGCCUACCCGAACUUCUGCGCGUUCGCCCACUACGUGGAUACAAUGUUCGCAUCCCUUGGGGCGGAGCGGAUCCAUGCGCUGGCAGAGGGCGACGAACUGUGUGGGCAAGAGGAGUCCUUUCGCACCUGGGCCAAGGACGUGUUCAAGGCGGCCUGCGAGACAUUCUGCACCGGCGACGACCGAAUGUUGAAGGACGCCACGGGCUCACUAAGCAUGACGGAGAGUCACUGGACACCGGACCGCUUCCGGGUGACGCCUGCGUCUGGAACUAAGGCACCGGGAAUCAUUGAGGCUCUGUCUACCAUCCAUGGCAAGAACGUGCUACCCUGUCGGUUCAUUGAGCGAAAACAGUUGCAGUCCAUCGAGUCCGACCGCCAGACGAUGCUGAUUAAGUUGGACGCGACCAUGGGGUCGGGCGAGCUGCUCUACCAUCCCGGGGAUCACGUGGCGAUCUUCGCCGAGAACUCCGCCUCCCUCGUGGAUGCCAUACUAAUGCGCCUCCACAACGCCCCGUCCCCUGAUCAGCUGAUCAAGAUAGAAGUCAUGAACGAGCGUUCUACGCCAAUGGGUAACAUGAAGUCCUGGGACCCCUACGGCAAGUUACCCGCAUGUACUUUGCGCACGGCACUCACGCGCUACCUGGACAUCACCACGCCCCCUAGCCAGGCACUGCUGAAGCUGUUCGCAACCCAGGCAACCAAGGACUGCGACCGGGAAAGUCUGGAAAAACUAGCGAAUGAAUCUGAUGCGUACGAGGAGUGGAAGUUUGAGUCCUACCCUAACAUCGUGCACGUGCUUGAUUACUUCCCGAGCCUGCGAGUUCCGGCUACGCUGCUACUGACGCAACUUCCGCUGCUACAGUCUCGCUUCUACUCCAUCAGCAGCUCCCUGAAGCUUUUUCCGGGCGAGAUUCACGCAACCGUGGCUGUGGUGAAGUACCGCACGCAAGGCAAGUCCAGUUCACUGCACGAGGGGGUGUGUUCUAACUGGCUAAACAGGCAAGAGGAGGGAAACACCAUACCGUGCCUCGUCAGACAUGCCCCCGCGUUCCACAUGCCGGACGACCCGACCGUUCCCAUCAUCCUUGUGGGCCCGGGCACCGGUAUUGCACCCUUCCGGUCGUUCUGGCAGCAGCGCAAGAUCGACAUGGAGAUGCUGCCAAAACCACAGCGCGGAAGCCGCCAUGGCUGGGGCGCCAUCUACAUAUACUUUGGCUGCCGGAACAUCGCAAUGGACGCCAUUUAUCGGGACGAGAUGCAACAAAUGAAAGCAGACGGCGUGCUGAAGGAAGUUUAUACGGCAUUGUCAAGGGAACCAAACGUCCCUAAGACCUACGUACAAACAAUUCUGAAACAGAAUGCUGUCGAUGUGUUCCGCUGCGUAGUCAAAGAGUCCGGUCACUUUUACGUGUGUGGUGACGUCAAAAUGGCGUCUGACGUCACGAUAACGCUUGAGAACAUUCUAGCGUCGGAGGGCAACAUGACACAACAUGACGCUAAAAGUUUCAUAAUGAAGCUUAGGGAAAGUAACCGGUUCCACGAGGAUAUUUUUGGUGUGACGUUGCGUAGCUCGGAAGUGACGGACCGAGCACGUGACCAGGCGAAGAAGGCGUGGAGUUUCAUCAACUCUUCCAACAAGUCCCGACAGAACGCCGACAGGGAAACCGUAACGCCCAUUCCAUUGGAGAACCAGACCGGACCGAAGAGCAAACCCAAGGCACCUCGUUCGUCGCGCUAUACACCGGAAUCUAUUGGUUAGCUACGGUGAUGGUACUUCUGUGAAAUAUAAGAUUUACAUAGCCGGUGAAACCAAUGUUUUGGAUCAAGAAAUGUUUCUUAGAAAUCUGCGCACUUUCAUUAUGGGACAAGUUGUACUGGUCUUACAAAAGGGCAUGGUUGUGUUGGUUUUGUAAAAAAUAAAUGCGCUUGUUUCUUAAGAUGUACAUGUACAUGUAAAAUAACAAGUUGUACGUGUCAUGCAUACAUGUAUGUAACUUUGAGAUUUUGAAAAUAUUAUUUAUCUACAUUUAUACUUCAAGAUUUACAAGACGUCGAAUCUCAUAGCACUUUAACGUAAAAGAAGUUUGGCGUUACAUUUUAAAAAUAUUUUUGGAUGUGUUUUUAUCAUCGGUUUCAUAGCGUGUUAAAUCAUCACCGAAACGGUCAACGAUAUUUUUGUCACUUUUAAAUGACGAUAUUUACCCAUUUAUGCCUAGUGGACUUUCCCGUACUUCUAAAUUGGAUCAAUUUAUUUCCAAAAUUAGGUAUGUAGUAUAUUAUCUAGUAUAUUAAUUUCUAUAUUUAAUAUUUCUUACAGGAAUUCCUUUAAGCAAACAGCGCAGACCCAGUUUGCCAAGGCCUUUUUUCUAGACGCUAGACAUAAAUGGGUUAAGCAUUAUAUACACGGUUAACUUAUGCAUAUUUAGCUUGAGGACACUUUAUCGGUUACUAUCGUUGUAGUCGUAUAGUUAAAUAGGACUAGACCGUGAUCAUUGAACGUUGGUUUCAUAUAAUAAACUGUUUUAAAUCGGCGGAAACAAAAAAAAACAGCAUGAAAUUCCGCGCUACACAGACGAUAUAUUAUUACUGUUGCUGUUCUUCAUUGAAAACACUGGCUGUUGUUGCUGUUCGCUUUUAAUAUAUUGAUACGUAUUAACAAUAUAUUAUUCAUAGCAUAGCAUACCAUAUUAUAUAUGUAACAUGUAAGCUUAUUUAGCUGUUUUUGGAUUGUUUAUGUGUUCAUAUAUAUUUGUCGACUAAGCAUUUCUUCAACGUUCAAGUUAUUACAUUUACUAGUGUUUUUUUUCCUUAAAUUAAUAUUUAAUAGACAUUAGUUAUUUUACGAUUUUAAAAUAUUUUUUAUCGGACUUGAUUAUGUUGUUCAAGUGCUUUACUAAAGAAUUUUAUUAUUCAUAGCUGUCUUAUUGCAUUUUAAUUGUUAAAUCAUUCUAGUGUAUUUUUAUAUACUUGCAUACUUGCGUUUUAUUUCUGAAAUAUUAUAAAAUAAAUUGACUGUAAAAAAAAAAAUAAUCUACAUUUCAAUAUCAUUGUAUGUACUUAUUGUUUGGCUUAUUAAUAUAAAAACACUAAUUUUUAGUAAAAAUUAGCUUGUCUAUUGAUGUACAUGUUCAUUUACUUAAGGUGUAUGGGUAAUGUAUUUUUUUUAAGGUUUUGAAAAUAUUAAUUAUAUUUACUAUCUUUUUGAAUGUAGUGGCACCUAAUUAUUUGAAUUACAUUAUUGAAGUUUCUUAAGAUAUACUUACAAAGGUGCGGGUUUUUUUUCUUUCUUUAAUACUAUAACAUAAUUUUAUUAUGAAAUAUACACAUUGUAUGGUCAUGUGUUUUAAUUAUGCUAAAUCACUUGGAAAAUACAAUAAACACUCGAGUUUUUUUUCAAAUUUUAGAGAAUCUAUCUACCGUUCUAUUUUUUUAAUAAUAAUAAUGUACAAUUUUGGGGAAGUGCACUGUUGUUGUAUUUAUUUAUUUAAGGUCCUUUAUAUGUUUGCUUACACAUGCGAGUCAUCAUAACUUAUACCUAAGUCACAAAUAGAGACCGAUCACCGUUCGAUCAGCGGACAACGUAUUUUUACGCUCAUCGGGCUGGCGCCCGGCCGAUGAUAGCACGGACAACGGGUCAUUUUGAAGCAUCGGGCGGCGUCCGGAUUAAUUUUAGGUCUCACUUAAAAUGUUACCCGAUCGAAAAAAAAAUCGGACGAUCAACGCUCGGAUAUCGCCCGAAAUCUGAUUCAAUGUACGUGCAUCGGCAAAAAUCAAGGUAUUUCCCAGGGACAUAAACAUCGGCCGGACGGAGCUCGUCAUGAUAUACGUACAACAAAUCCGAUGUCGGGCGAUCGCCGGGCGACAACCGUGCAUUGAUCGUCCGAUCUUUUUUCGACCUCAAUUCGAUUCAUUCCCGGGCCCGACGUCGGGUAAACUUUGAAGUGAGACUUAGAAUUACUCCGGACACCGCCCGAUGCUACAAAAUGACCCGUUGACCGUGCGAUCAUCGGCCGGGCGCCAGCCCUAUGACCAGUUAAAUACGUCGUCCGCUGAUCGGGCUCUAAUUGUGACUGCAUUGUGUAUAGAAUGAUUGUGACUGAGGUAUUAAACUUUGUCACUCAUCGGACGGCCCCGACGUGUCCAGUCUUCCCGAUGCCUGGAGAUCGGACACAUCGGCCGGCGACCGGAUUAUUUGUGACUGAGGCAUAACAUACCUAUUGCGUUGUCGGUUAUAUACAUGUUUAAAGACUUCGAAGGGAGGCAUAUUACAACUGCUCGUUCUCCCAUGUGUGACCAAGAUCUUUUUUGAUGAGUCCUGUGUCAUAACUUUAACUACCGGUAUAGAUAUCCCGGUACGAAUUUUCUUCUAAAUAAAGGUACCACCAUUAA